GCCCCCAACUCGCAGCUGACUAUUUUCUUCUCUUUUUAAAAUUUUAACCCGUACCCACUUCGGCGGGGUCCCUGAGGACGAUACUCCCUAAGCCCCUAUCUAUCAGUGGGCCACUCCCAGCUGAGUUUUAUUUUUCUGUCUUGCCCGGGCCGAGCCCGGCCAGGGCGGGUGGCUCAGCGGAGCUCGUACUCGGAGCUCCGCCGCCGCCGCCCAGCUGCGCGGGGACGCCCUCCGGAGAUGCUGCCGUGGAAGAAACACAAGUUCGAGCUGCUGGCCGAGGCACCGCCACGGCAGGCGUCCAAGCCCAAGGGCUACGCGGUGAGCCUGCACUACUCGGCGCUCAGCUCGCUGGCGCGGGCGUGCCCCGAAGGCGCGCUCAGCCGGGUGGGCAGCAUGUUCCGCUCCAAGCGCAAGAAACUGCACAUCACCAGCGAGGACCCCACUUACACUGUGCUCUACCUGGGCAAUGCCACCACCAUCCAGGCGCGCGGCGACGGCUGCACUGACCUAGCGGUGGGCAAGAUCUGGAGCAAGAGCGAGGCGGGUCGUCAGGGCACCAAGAUGAAGCUGACUGUGAGCGCGCAGGGUAUCCGCAUGGUGCACGCUGAGGAGCGCGCGCUGCGCCGCCCGGGCCACCUCUACCUGCUGCACCGCGUUACCUAUUGCGUGGCAGACGCGCGGCUGCCCAAGGUCUUCGCCUGGGUAUAUCGGCACGAGCUCAAGCACAAGGCGGUAAUGCUGCGCUGCCACGCGGUGCUGGUGUCCAAGCCCGAGAAGGCUCAGGCUAUGGCCCUGCUGCUGUACCAGACUUCGGCCAACGCGCUGGCGGAAUUUAAACGGCUCAAGCGGAGGGACGAUGCGCGUCACCAGCAGCAGGAGCUGGUGGGCGCGCACACCAUCCCGCUAGUGCCUCUGCGCAAGCUGCUCCUGCACGGACCCUGCUGCUAUAAGCCACCGGUGGAACGCAGCCGCAGCGCGCCUAAGCUGGGCUCCAUCACCGAGGACUUGCUCGGUGAACAGCAGGAGCAGGAGCUGCAGGAGGAAGAGGAAGAGGAGCACACGGAGAGCUGCCUGGAGGAGGAGGAGGAGGAGGAGGAGGAGGAGGAGGAGGAGGCGGCGGCGGACGGUGCUGAGGAGGGGGACGCGGCAGCGGAAGAGGCCGAGGCGCAGCGAGCGCUGGUGGUGGCCAUGCACUUGGAAUGCGGGGACUUGCUGGACACGCUGGAAAGUGGCCGCGAGGAGGCACUAGGGGGCGGCGGGGUCUCCCUGGGCCCUGGGGCUGGGCCGCCGCCUCUGCUGCUGGGCAGCGCCACCGACAUGAAGGCCGAGCUGUCUCAGCUUAUUAACGACUUGGGAGAACUCAGCUUCGGCAACGACGUGCGCAGCCUGCAGGCCGACUUGCGGGUGACGCGCCUGUUGUCCGGCGAGAGUACCGGCAGCGAGAGCUCCAUCGAAGGCGGGGGCCCGGACGCCACCUCCCCUGCUACCGCAGCGGACCGGUCGGGCCCUAACGAAGGCGCUAACCCAGAGGAGCCCCACUCGGGUUGAGAUCUCAGCAGCCCCCUGUGCGCACCCCUCGCGCCCCACCAUGACUCCUCACCUGUCUUUUGGACAACACCCAUCUCCUCCGUCCCCCGCCCGCCCCCAGGAAAGGGGAAAUGGGACACUUGAGGCCCAGAGUUGCCCCGGCCCUCUCCUUCAGCACACUUGGCUCUGUUUGAAGCGGGGCUCAGGUUGCGUGUGGAGAUGUGCGAGGGGUCAGACUGCACGGAGGGAGAGAGAGACAGGGCUGGGGGCGUGGGGGUG